UCCUCGCACGGAAGGGGGCGUCCACGCACACGCAUCCGUGCAGAGCAUCGUGUCACUCCCCUGCAUGCACAUCGCCUGCCUUCCGCGACACCUUUUUUCCUGGCGAGGACGGACAUCUUUGCAUGUUGGAUGUGACGUGCACGCUGCCUGAGCACCUUUUUGGAACCGGGGGCGCGCACAGAAAGGAGAAGGGAGGACCGUUUGCCUUCUCGUUAUUUUUUUUUUUGGGUGAAAUCGUGGAAAUACACGCACUCGGCAUCCACAGGCGAGACCGACUGAAGGGUUGUUAUUUUUCUCACGUUUCCUGUGGAGCCGCCGAACCACUGGACGGACCUGCUGCAUUGUCUCCACCAUGAUGCUCUGAGACCAAAGUGGCCCCGCUGACCCACGUUGACCCCCCCAGAACCGAGCCAUGGAAGUGAAGGAACGCCGACCCUACCGCUCGCUGACCGCCCGGCAGGACGCCCGGCAGGACGCCGAGCGCCGCUACACCAGCUCGUCGGCCGACAGCGAGGAUGGCAGAGCUAACCCCAAGUCGUACAGCUCCACUGAGACCCUUAAGGCCUUCGACCAUGACUCCAGGAUGGUCUACGGCACCCGGGUCAAGGACCUGGUGCACCAUGAGGUGGACGAGUUUGGCCGACAAGGGGCUGAAUUCUCCCUCCGAGACCUGGACUUUGGGGAGGCCCUCCCGUCCCACCAUAUGACGGCCUACAGGGGCGAGCUGGGGAUGCCGCACCGCGACUACUCCGUCAGCGUGGGCUCGGAUGCUGACACGGAGACAGACGGCGUCAUGUCGCCGGAGCAUGCCGUCAGGUUAUGGGGGCGUAGCAACACCAAGUCGGGCCGCAGCUCCUGCCUCUCCAGCCGGGCCAACUCCAAUCUAACGCUGACCGACACUGAGCACGAAAACACGGAGAACGGUCCACCAGUGAUCUGUUCCUCCGCCUCCUCCUCCUCCCCCGUCGAGCAGCUCCCAUACCCUCCCCCUUCCAUUGCGGCCAAUCAGAACCAGGGGGGGUUGCUAGGUAACAGUGUGGCUCAGCCAGCCCGGGACUCUGACUCUGAGGAUGAGUUCGGCCCCAAUUCAUUCUUAGUUAAAGCUGGCUCGGGGAACCUGUACGCUCCCGCCGCUGCAGCUGCUGACGACGGCGUCUUUCAAAACCACCCUCGGCUACGGACGCCCCCACUGCCGCUGUCCCACUCGCACUCGCCCAAUCAUCAGCACCAUGCGGCCUCCAUUAACUCCCUGAACCGGGGCAACUACACGCCGCGGAGCAACCCCAGUCCUGCGCCCACCGACGGUUCCGCCCCACCCGAGGGUCCGGCAGGCGGUGCCCAGGACUCGGUGGGAGGCGCCCAGGACAACUGGCUGCUCAACAGCAACAUCCCCCUGGAAACCAGGAGCCAGAAUACUCUAAUGUUUAUUAGAGAGGAGCAAGACGCUUGCAGAGAAGGGCAGGGCUCGUACAAAACCAGAAACAUAGCAAAGCAGGCAUUCCUAGAGACUUUACAGGACAACCUCAUUGAGAUGGACGUUCUGGCGUCCGCUCGCCACCAGGCCGCCUACAACGACGGGCACUUCCUGUUCAAGCCAGGUGGAACCUCGCCCAUGUACUGCACCACGUCUCCGGGGUACCCGCUGACCUCCAGCACGGUGUACUCGCCUCCCCCGCGCCCCCUGCCCCGGAGCACCUUCUCCCGGCCGGCCUUCAGCCUGAAGAAGCCCUACAAGCACUGCAACUGGAAAUGCGCCGCACUCAGCGCCAUCCUCGUCUCCGUCACGCUGCUCUUCCUCCUGGCCUACUUCAUCGCCAUGCACCUUUUGGGCCUGAACUGGCACCUGAAGCCCACGCAAAGACAGAUGUAUCACGUGACGGAGGACAACACAAGCGGUCUGCCUUUACCCACAGACCUGAGCCUGGGCCCGCUCGGCAACACGGGCCUGGAAGUACCUGAUCGCCGGGGCAAAGACGACAGCAAAGUGGACAUCUCCUUCCCUGAUGACAGCUACAUCGACAUGGGCGAGAUCGACGUGGGCCGCAAGGUCGCGCAGCAGAUCCCGCCCGGCGUCUUCUGGAGGUCGCAGAUCUUCGUGGACCACCCCAUGUACCUGAAGUUCAACGUGUCGCUCAGCAAGGAUGCCUUGGUGGGGGUCUACGGGAGGAGGGGCCUGCCCCCGUCUCACACUCAGUUUGAUUUUGUGGAGCUUCUGGACGGCCGACGGCUCCUGGCCCACACCCCCCCUGGCCUGGAGGGGCCCGCCGCCCUGCAGAGGAGUCUGGCUCCCGUCAGCACGCACGACACGGGCUUCAUCCAGUACGUGGAGUCCGGCAUCUGGCACCUGGCCGUCUACAACGACGGCAAAGACGCGGAGACUGUCUCCUUCCUCAUCACCGCCAUCGAUUCUGUGGACCAGUGCCCCAGCAGCUGCUUUGGCAACGGCGACUGCGUGGCUGGAACGUGCCACUGCUUCCUGGGAUUCAAAGGUCCCGACUGUGGGCGAGCCGCCUGCCCCGUGCUCUGCAGCGGCAACGGUCAGUACCUGAAGGGUCGCUGUAUGUGCCACAGCGGCUGGAAGGGCUCCGAGUGCGACGUUCCCACCAACCAGUGCGUGGACGUGACCUGCAGCAACCACGGCACCUGCAUCGUGGGCACCUGCAUCUGCAACCCGGGCUACAAGGGGGAGAACUGCGAGGAAGUGGACUGCCUUGACCCAACCUGCUCCAGCCGUGGCGUGUGCGUGCAGGGUGAGUGCCACUGCUUCGUGGGUUGGGGCGGGCAGGGGUGCGAGAGCGCCAGGGCCUCUUGCAUGGACCAGUGCUCCGGACACGGAACCUUCCUGGCAGACGCCGGGACGUGCAGCUGUGAUGCCAACUGGACGGGCCACGACUGCUCCACCGAGAUUUGUGCGUCCGACUGUGGCGGCCACGGCGUUUGCGUGUCGGGCACCUGUCGCUGCGACGACGGCUGGACGGGGGCGGGGUGCAACCAGAGGGCGUGUCACCCCCGCUGCAGCGAGCACGGAACCUGCAAGGAUGGGAAAUGCGAGUGCAGUCCCGGCUGGAACGGGGAACACUGCAGCAUCGCUCACUAUCUGGAUAGGGUAGUGAAAGAGGGCUGUCCCGGUCUGUGCAACGGAAACGGGAGGUGCACGCUGGGUACGGGCGGCUGGUACUGCGUGUGCCAGCUGGGCUGGAGGGGCGGCGGCUGCGACACCUCAAUGGAAACCGCCUGCAGCGACGUCAAGGACAACGAUGGCGACGGCCUGGUGGACUGCAUGGACCCGGACUGCUGUCUCCAGGCCACCUGUCACAGCACCUCCUUGUGCGUGGGCUCCCCGGACCCACUGGACAUCAUCCAAGAAACACGGGUGACAUCGGGCCAGGGUAACCUGCAGACCUUCUACGAUCGCGUCCGCUUCCUGGUGGGCAGGGAGAGCACCCACGUGGUCCACGGCGCCGACCCCUUUGACGGAAAGCACGCUUGUGUUAUCCGAGGACAAGUGGUGACUUCGGACGGGACGCCGCUGGUGGGGGUCAACAUCAGCUUCGUCAACAAGCCGGCGUUCGGCUUCACCGUCACGAGACAGGACGGAAGCUUCGACUUGGUCACCAACGGGGGAAUCGCCGUUGCCUUGCACUUUGAGCGCGCUCCCUUCAUCACCCAGGAGCACACUCUCUGGUUGCCGUGGGGACGCUUCUUCGUCAUGGACACCAUCGUCAUGCGCCACGAGGAGAACGACAUCCCCAGCUGUGACCUCAGCAGCUUCACCCGGCCCAGCCCUGUGGUGUCGCCGGCACCGCUCACCGCCUUCGCCGGCUCCUGCGCCGAGAGGGGGAAUGUGGUUCCCGAGAUUCAGACUCUGCAGGAGGAAGUGCCGAUACCUGGCACCGACAUGAGACUGGGCUACCUCAGCAGCAGGACGCCGGGAUACAAGUCCAUCCUGAAAGUGGCGCUCACCCACUCCACCAUCCCCUUCAACCUGAUGAAGGUGCACCUCAUGGUGGCCGUGGAGGGCCGCCUCUUCAGGAAGUGGUUCCCCGCCGGACCCGACCUGUUCUACCACUUUGUGUGGGACAAGACGGACGUCUACAGCCAGAAGGUCUACGGAUUAUCACAAGCCUUUGUAUCCGUGGGCUUUGAGUAUGAAUCCUGCCCGGAUGUGAUCGUGUGGGAGAAGAGGACGGCGGUUCUCCAGGGCUAUGAAAGCACAGCAUCCAAGCUGGGCGGCUGGACAGUGGACAAGCACCACGCUUUGAACAUCCAGAGUGGCAUCCUGCACAUGGGCAGCGGGGAGAACAUCUUCAUCUCGCAGCAGCCGCCCGUCAUCGGCAGCGUGAUGGGCAACGGGCGCCGACGCAGCAUCUCCUGCCCCAGCUGCAACGGCAUGGCCGACGGCAACAAGCUGCUGGCCCCCGUGGCGCUGGCGUGUGGCUCGGACGGCAGCCUGUAUGUGGGCGACUUCAACUACGUGAGGAGGAUCUACGUCACCGGGAACGUCACUAGCGUGCUGGAGCUCAGAAAUAAAGACUUCAGGCAUAGCAACAGCCCCGCCCACAAGUACUACCUGGCAACCAGCCCCGUCAGCGGCGCCGUGUACCUCUCGGACACCAGCAGCCGCAAAGUCUUCAAGGUGAAGUCCCUGAACGUGGUGAAAGAUGUGGCUAAGAACUUGGAGCUGGUGGCGGGCACCGGCGACCAGUGCCUCCCGUACGACGACGCCCGCUGUGGGGACGGGGGCAAGGCCACGGAGGCCACGCUCACCAACCCCAGAGGCAUCACGGUGGACAAGUAUGGCAUCGUCUUCUUUGUGGACGGCACCAUGAUUCGCAGGAUCGAUCAGAACGGCAUCAUCUCCACGCUGCUGGGCUUCAACGACCUGACCUCCGCCCGUCCCCUCAGCUGUGACGCCGUCAUGGACAUCUCUCAGGUGCGCCUUGAGUGGCCUACCGACCUGGCGGUGAGUCCCUUGGACAACUCUCUGUACGUCCUGGACAAUAACGUCGUCCUCCAGAUCUCUGAGAACCACCAAGUGCGCAUCGUAGCAGGCAGGCCCAUGCACUGCCAAGUGCCGGGCAUCGACCACUUCCUCAUGAGCAAGGUCGCCAUCCACGCCACUCUGGAGUCUGCCAACACGCUGGCCGUGUCCCACACCGGUGUCCUCUAUAUAGCAGAAUCGGAUGAAAAAAAGAUCAACAGAGUCCGGCAGGUGUCCACCAACGGUGAGAUCUCCCUGGUGGCGGGGGCACCGAGCGGCUGCGACUGUAAGAACGACGCCAACUGCGAUUGCUACUCAGGCGAUGAGGGCUAUGCUAAGGACGCUAAGCUUAACGCACCUUCCUCCUUGGCGGUGUGCCCGGACGGAGAACUUUACAUUGCAGAUCUGGGCAACAUCCGCAUUCGCUACGUGCGCAAGAACAAAGCCUACCUGAGUCCCCUUAACAUGUACGAGGUGUCCUCCCCCAUCAAAGACGAGCUCUACCUCUUUGACGCCAACGGCAGCCACAUUUUCACGCAAAGCCUGACCACGGGGGACCAUUUGUACAACCUCACCUACACGGGCGCCGGCGAGCUGAGCAGCAUCACGGAUAAGAACAAGAAUGUGGUGACAAUCCGCCGGGACACCACAGGGAUGCCUCUGUGGCUCAUGGUGCCCGACGGGCAGACCUUCUGGUUCACCAUCGGCACCAAUAACGCUCUCAAAAGUGUCACGGCGCAGGGCCAAGAACUGGCCGUCAUGACUUACCACGGAAGCUCCGGACUGCUGGCGACCAAGACCAACGAGAAUGGGUGGACCACCUUCUUUGAGUACGACACUUUCGGCCGCCUGACCAACGUCACUCACCCAACAGGCCGAGUCAGCAGCUACCGGGCCGACGCCGACAGCGCCGUGCGCAUGCAGACGGAGGGCGCCCCCAAAGAGGACGUGACGGUCACUGCCAACCUGUCGGCCUCGGGCACCUUCUACACGCUCAUGCAGGAUCAAGUACGUAACAGCUACUUCAUCGGCCUGGACGGCUCCCUGAGGCUGGCCUUGGCCAAUGGCAUGGAGGUGUCGCUGCACACAGAGCCCCACCUGCUGGCCGGCACCGUCCACCCCGCCGUCAGCAAGAGGAACAUCACGCUGGCCCUGGACAACGGCCUCAACCUGGUGGAGUGGAGACAGAGGAAGGAGCAGGCUCGCGGCCAGGUCACCGUGUACGGACGCAGGCUGCGGGUUCACAACCGGAACUUGUUGUCUCUGGACUUUGAUCGAAUCACCAGAACAGAAAAGGUCUACGAUGACCACAGGAAGUUCACGCUGAGGAUCCACUACGACCACGCUGGGCGGCCCACCCUCUGGGCGCCUAGUAAUCGCCUGAAUGGGGUCAACGUGACCUACUCUUCAGGAGGGCAUGUGGCGGGCAUUCAAAGGGGCACCAUGUCGGUACGCAUGGAGUACGACCACAAUGGCAGAAUCACCUCCAAGAUAUUUGCAGAUGGUAAAUCAUGGAGCUACACCUACCUGGAGAAGUCCAUGGUGCUGCUUCUCUACAGCCAAAGACAAUACAUCUUCGAGUUCGACAAGAACGAUCGCCUCUCAUCUGUGACCAUGCCCAAUGUCGCCCGUCAGACCUUGGAGACCUCGCUCUCCAUCGGUUACUACAGAAACACGUACCGGCCCCCCGAGGGCAACUCCUCGGUGCUGCAGGACUACAGCGAGGAGGGCCAACUGCUGCAGACCACCUACCUGGGCACGGGCCGACGGGUCAUCUACAAAUACGGCAAGCUCUCCAAGCUGCUGGAGGUUCUCUACGACACCACCCGCAUCGGCUUCUCCUACGAUGAGACAGCGGGUAUGCUGAAGACGGUCAACCUGCAGAGCGAGGGCUUCACCUGCACCAUCCGUUACCGCCAGAUUGGUCCGCUCAUCGACCGGCAGAUAUUCCGCUUCAGUGAAGAAGGCAUGGUGAACGCCAGGUUCGACUACGUCUACGACAACAGCUUCCGAGUCACCAGCAUGCAGGCCGUCAUCAACGAGACGCCGUUACCCAUUGACCUGUAUCGCUACGACGACGUGUCAGGCAAAGCGGAGCAGUUUGGCAAAUUUGGCGUGAUCUAUUACGACAUCAACCAGAUCAUCACCACGGCCGUGAUGACGCAUACCAAACACUUUGACGCCUAUGGUCGAAUCAAGGAGGUGCAGUACGAAAUAUUUCGCUCACUCAUGUACUGGAUGAUGGUACAGUACGACAACAUGGGCCGCGUGGUCUCCAAGGAGCUGAAGGUCGGCCCCUACGCCAACACCACGCGCUACACCUACGAGUACGACUCGGAUGGUCAGCUACAGGUGGUCUCCAUCAACGACAAGCCACUGUGGCGCUACAGCUACGACCUCAACGGCAACCUGCACCUCUUGAGCCCGGGCAACAGCGCCCGCUUGACGCCGCUGCGCUACGACAUCAGAGACCGCAUCACCCGCCUGGGGGACGUUCAGUACAGGAUGGAUGAAGAUGGCUUUCUCAGGCAGCGAGGAAACGAUUACUUCGACUACAACUCGGCCGGCCUACUGGUGAAGGUCUACAACAAAGUGAGUGGUUGGAACAUCCGCUACCGCUACGACGGGGUGGGCAGGAGGGUGUCCAGCCGGAACAGCAUGGGCCACCACCUGCAGUUCUUCUAUGCCGACCUGUCCAGCCCCACCCGGGUCACUCACAUGUACAACCACACCAGCUCUGAGAUCACGUCGCUGUACUACGACCUGCAGGGUCACCUGUUCGCCAUGGAGCUGAGCAGCGGCGAUGAGUUUUAUGUGGCUUGUGACAACAUUGGCACGCCUCUGGCCGUGUUCAGCGGCUCGGGUCACAUGAUCAAGCAGGUGCUUCACACCGCCUUCGGCGAGGUCUACCUGGAUACCAACCCUAGCUUCCAUCUCGUUGUGGGCUACCAGGGAGGCCUAUACGAGCCCCUGAGUCGGCUGGUACAUAUGGGGCGGAGGGACUACGACGUCCUCGCCGGUCGCUGGACGACGCCUGACCACGACAUCUGGAAACGUCUCAACAGUGGCCACAUCGUGCCCUUCAACUUGUACAUGUUCAAGAACAACAACCCCCUCAGCAACAAUGAGGAGAUCAAGUGCUACAUGACAGAUGUGAACAGCUGGCUGGUGACCUUCGGCUUCCAGCUCUACAACGUCAUCCCCGGCUACGGCAAGCCAAACACGGACAGCAUGGAGCCGUCCUACGAGUUGGUCCGCACCCAGAUCAAAACGCAGGAGUGGGACAGCACCAAGUCGCUGCUGGGAGUCCAGUGUGAGGUGCAGAGACAUCUGAAGGCCUUCGUCAAGCUGGAGCGCUUCGGCCAGAUCUACACCGCCAAGAGCGCCGGAUGCCCCCAAGCGGAGGACAGGACGGUGUUCGCCUCCGUGGGGUCUAUCUUCGGCAAGGGCGUCAAGUUCGCCAUCCGAGAAGGUCGCAUCAGUACAGACAUCAUCAGCCUGGCUAACGAGGAUGGCCGCCGCAUGGCCGCCGUCCUCAACGACGCCUUCUACCUGGAGUCCCUGCGCUUCACCGUCGGCGGAGUGGACACGCACUAUUUUGUCAAGCUGGGCUCAGUGGAAGGCGACCUGGGUCUCAUCGGCAUGGCGGUGGGCCGACGCACGCUGGAGAACGGCGUCAACGUAACGGUGUCCCAAGUCAACGCCGUCCUCAACGGCAGGCCUCGCCGUAUCACCGACAUCCAGCUGCAGUACGGCGCCCUGUGCCUGAACACGCGCUACGGUGGCAGCGUGGACGAGGAGAAGGUCCGCGUCCUGGAGCUGGCUCGCCAGCGUGCCGUGGCGCAGGCGUGGGCCCGCGAGCGCCAGAGACUGCGGGACGGCGAGGAGGGCUCACGGACGUGGACCGAGGCCGAGAAGCAGCAGCUGCUGGGUGCGGGGAAGGUGCAGGGCUAUGACGGCUUCUACGUGGUGUCGGCCGAGCAGUACCCCGAGCUGGCGGACAGCGUCAACAACGUCCACUUCAUGCGACAGAGCGAGAUGGGCCGCAGGUGACAUGAACGCCGCGUGGACCACGCUCGGGGACUCGCUGCCAAAGACGCUCGGGAGCACGGCCGGCAGGCUUUGAGGCUUUCUUUCUCCAAAAAAGAGUGUCCUUCCGUCUUUGCCCUCGACAAUGAAAAUGUCUUAUUUUGGUGACUCCACCUCCUCGCCCUGCGAGUCUCCAGCUCGCCCUGCGAGUCUCCAGCUCGCCCUGCGAGUCUCCAGCUCGCCCUGCGAGUCUCCAGCUCGCCCUGCGAGUCUCCAGCUCGCCCUGCGAGUCUCCAGCUCGCCCUGCGAGUCUCCAGCUCGCUGCGUUUCUGCCUUUUGCUCAGCCAAGGAGAUUCCUCUGAUUUGUUUUGUGUCAAAUACUCGUACAGAAAUACCGAAAGAGCUUGACUCGCCUUGUGGGCGUGGCGCCGACCUUCCGAGUGGAUGAAAAACAAUGGACGGCAGCAAAGGAUGUUUUUGUGGUUAAGUGUGUGAAAAUGCAAAGAAAAGUGCUCCAUGGUGUCCCCCCCCCCCCCCCCCCGCCCCCCCUGCAGGGUUGGUGGUCACGUCAUCAUCACUCUUAACAAACGUCAACGUUCAAAAAAAAAAAACACUAAUACGAGACAAAUGUGAACCGGUGUCGCUUUUAUUGUUGUUGUAUUUGAAAAAGACUUCCUGGGGGCGUGGCCAAGCAUGGAAGGCGCUCCCGUGUGUUUUUUUGUGUGAGAGUUGGGGUGUUUCAGUGACAGAGCAUUAAAGGGACGCUACUUGGACAAAAGUAAAGAGACGCACCACUUCAUGAAUGAAUGCCACUUUUGUCCAAGGAGCGCAGUACAGUGUUUCCCAUCCAUGAUCUCCUUCCAUCUGCUUGCCCUCACCCACAGAUACAUCUGCUUUUACUUUUUGUUGUUCUUUGCUGUCACUCACACAGCUAAUCCACCACAAAAAGAUUUGGCUCUUCCUUUUGGUGCUACCUGUUCACCCCAUUGGGAUGCUCUUCCACGCCUCAUACGACGUACACAUCGCUGCAUAUGAAGCUUUUUCUUAUAAGACGCCCGUCACACAUGUGGAAUGAAAGUCACCCCCAUCCAAGAACAUCCACCCCACCACAGAUAGAUUACAGUCCUGUGGGAAACACUGGCGUCCUUUGCCUUAAAGGGUCAGCAGGUGGUCCUGCUCGUGUUUACAUUCUCAGACGUGGUCAAGUUUGUUGUCGUUUUAUUCCUCACUUCUUUGUGGACGGCUGCACUGAGCGUCACGCUUGUUUUAGUUUUUUGUUUUUUUGUAGCAGACUCGGUUUGUUUGAGUUUCAGUUUGUUUUUCUUUCUAGCGCUUCUUCUUGUCUGAGCGUGUAAAUAACCAAGACGUCCACAAGCUGUAAAUAGAAAACAAUGCAAAGUGUAGAUACCGCUUAGCGCUACAUCCUGUGUAGUCUGAUUAAGGUAGACACAAAAAAAACAAUAAAGGGAAUAUUUUGUGUUUAUUUUGUGUGUUAUGAAUCCUUAUUGGCCACCCAUUAGCACACUAGCAGAGCCUUUUAAGCUAAUUGGAUGUCAAACUUUGGUGACAUUUGCAUAUAAUGUCAAUAUCAUACUCACAUCCAGUUUUCUUCCAGUUGAUUCACCUUAGUGUCCAAAAGCAGAUCACCUUAUGAACUGUAAUCAUCCA